UCUUAGUGGUCUAGUUUCAGGAGUUUCAUAUGAGUUGGUAAAAGUUCAGGUGAAGCUAAGCCCUUCUUUGUGUGUGUUUCUCAGGUGUAAGUGCAACCUACAUGCAUCUCAGUGUGUGCUGCGCGAUGCGACACUGCAGUGUGAAUGCGACCACAAUACGGCUGGACAGGACUGUCAGAGCUGCAGCCGAGAGUUCACAUCUCGCACCUGGAGACCAGGAUCAUACCUGCCCCUGCCCAAAGGCACUGCCAAUGCCUGUGAAGCAACAGAACCUGCAGCCAACUCAUUCAGUACAGCUGGACCUACCACAGACACAGCUCCACCCAACAAUCCACGUCUGAAGACUGGAGAAAAACCACCUCCCAGAGUACUAGACAGUACCACCAGCCGUCCUACCAGUACCACCCCCACUGUCCAAGGCAGCAGUACUGACACUGGAGGGUCUAUCUCUGACCCACUGGGUCCACCCUAUAACUCCACUUCAGACUUUGGUGUGCUUGGGACUGAUAUAUCGAAGGUGGUGACCAGUGCUGUGUCACCUACUGUCCCAACACCAUCAGCUGGAAUUCUGCCUCUAACAACCAUCCCAGAAACGUUUUCCCCAGGUGACGGGUCUCAAUCUGAAGACUUUCUCCCCACUGGAUCUGUCCGUAUCAGUCAGGCUGGAGAUACUCUCUUUACAACAAAACGUGAUGGAAUUUCUCUUCGUCCUGAUAUACCUCCUCUGGCUGUACCUCCUCCAGAUCUACCACUGGAAGCUCCCUCUGUGGAUAUACCUUCUGCUCUUAAUGAAGCCCUUCCUGAUGUAAUUUCUCCUGAUGUUUUACUGGAUAUACUAUCUCCGGAUACACUUUCUCCUGAUGCAUCAUCUCCAGUUACACUUACUAAUAAUGUACAGCUACCAGAAAUGCCCCCUCUUGAUCUAUCAUCUCCAGAUACACUCACUCCUGAUGAAAUAGUUCCUUUUGUUACAACCCCCAAUGUACUGUUUCCAGGUGCACCAUCUCCUCCUGCUUUAUCUUCCCUCAAUGUUCCAGUUCCUGAUGGAGCUCCUACUGAUAUAUCUUUCCUUGAGGUACCUACUCAAGAACUUCCUCGUCCUGAUCUCCCUCUGGAAGGACCACCUCCUGACAAACCUGCUCCUGAUGUACCUCUUCCCGACCCGCCUUCUCGUAAUGUAUUUCCUCCCGAUACACCUCCUCCUGACCUACCUUUUCCUGAUCCGCCUUCUCCAGAUGUACUUCCAGAUGGGCCAUCCAUUAAGACUCCAGAUACUUCAGUAGAUUUUCCUCCUCCUGAUGUACCUUCUCCUGAUGGGGCAUCUCCAGAAAUACGUCCUCCUGAUGCUACCCCUCCAGCUCCAGAUAUUCCUGUGGACUCCGUGUUGCCUCCCUAUGGAGGUGGUCCUGUAUCAGACACAAAGUCCGCUACUAUAGAUCAGUCUGACCCUGCUGGUGAUUUAGCACCUGUUGACUUUACCUUCCCAGUUCCAGAAAACCCAAAGUCAGUUGGCCCUGGACAAGAUUCAGGAUCUGAUUCUCAGCCCAUGCCUGUGGUUGAACCUGGCAAUGUUUCAAGUGACAAUAUUGAAACGCCUGGAUCUAAUUCUAUCAAUGCUGGACAGGAAUCUUUUCCAGUAAAGCAAGGCAGAGGAGAGACAGGAAAUGAAAAAUCUGAAUCAAGUGGUCCAGAUUCUUCUGUGCCAUACAGAAACAUUCCUAAUGUGGAUCCAGGAGUGGAUCCAGGCAGUGAGAAUCCUGCAGUAGAUUCUACAGCAAACAAAAAGGAAAGAACAUCUUCUGGAGAGGAAUCUGUUGAACCAUCAGGAGGGUUGAAGUUUGAGGAAAAGAAAGACUCGAAACAAGAAAUGACAAGAGAGGCAACAAAGGAAAAAGUGCCUGAAGCCAAAGAGGAAACUAAAGAAAAAUCUAAAGCCGAAGGAGAGAAGGAGAAAGAGGACAAAGGCUAUGAGAAGAAAGCAACCCAGAAGAUCCUGAUUCCAGGAGGACCAAAGUUCAGUCAGCUGUCCAAAAUUGCCUAUGUGAGCUUCCAGGGUAAGACCUCUGUGUCCCACCCAUUGACUGUAGAAAACAUGGACGACGCGUCAGGUCCCCAAAAAUGA